AUGUCAUCUAUUUCACCAAAUGACACAGAAGAUGAAGCAGAAGUUGUUGGAAGAGCCUUGAUUGGUAUUGUGGAUAUUGGAUCUAAUGGUAUAAGGUUUAGUAUUUCAUCAAAAGCAUCUCACCAUGCAAGAAUUAUGCCUUGUGUCUUCAAAGAUAGAGUUGGUAUCUCUUUAUUUGAUGCUCAAUUCAGCCCAGACUCCAACGAGAAAAAACCUAUACCAACAGAAAUCAUUAAUGAUGUUUGCGCUGCAAUGAAAAGAUUCAGAUUAAUUUGUGAAGAUUUUGGAGUGCAAGAAUCAGGCGUUCGUAUUGUGGCAACUGAAGCUACAAGGGAAGCUGUUAAUUCUCAAGAGUUUAGAGAUGCUAUUUAUGACACUACUGGAUGGGAAGUUGAGUUAUUGAAUAAAGAAGAUGAAGGUAGAAUUGGUUCUUAUGGUGUUGCAUCUUCAUUUAAUUCACUUUCAGGUCUAUUUAUGGAUUUGGGUGGUGGUUCAACACAAAUUUCAUGGAUUCAAUGCGUCAAUGGAGAGAUAACAUUAAGUUCAAAUCCUGUUUCUUUACCUUAUGGAGCUGCUGCAUUAACAAGAAGAUUACAAUUUGAAGAUAAAAAAUCGUUAUAUUUUGAAAUUCAAAAUGCUUAUAAAGAAGCUUUUCAAAAAAUAGAUGUUCCACCACAAUUAUUAGAAGAAGCUGAAAAAAACGGUGGAUUUGAUUUAUAUACUUGCGGUGGUGGUCUUAGAGGUUUGGGUCAUGCAUUAAUAGCUGACAUUAAACAAUAUCCAAUUCCAACCAUUAUUAAUGGGUUUUCUUGUUCAUUCAAUGAUUUCAUAAACAUUUCAAAUUUUCUAUUUUUAAAAGAUUCAUUACCUCAAAAAGAUUCUAUAUUUAGAGUCAGUGAACGUAGACGUUCACAAUUACCUGCUGUUGGAUUACUGGUAUCAGCUGCUUGUGAUUCAUUACCAAAAAUUAAAACAGUUCAUUUUGCUGAGGGUGGUGUUAGAGAAGGUGCUUUAUAUUCAAUGUUACCAAGAGAAAUACGUUCACAAGAUCCACUUAUAAUGGCAUCAAGACCUUAUGCUCCAUUGUUAGCAAAUAAAUAUCUUGAAUUAUUAAAAACUGCAUUGCCAGAAAAAUAUGUCCCAAGAGAAGUUAGAGAAAGAAUUGCACCAGCUUUAUGUAACUUGGCUUUUGUUCAUUGUGCCUAUCCUAAAGAAUUACAAUGUACUGCAGCUUUACAUGUUGCCACAACAGGUAUAAUUGCUGGAUCUCAUGGGUUAUCACAUAGAACUAGGGCUUUAAUUGGUGUUGCAUUAUGUGAUCGUUGGGGUGGUGAUUUGCCAGAUGUUGAAGAAAAUUUUAAAACUGCAUUAUGUGAUCUAGUUAAAAGAGAUGGUAAUAAAAUUGAAAUGGAAAGGGUUGUUUGGUGGACCAAAUAUUGUGGUGCUAUAAUGUAUGUCAUUUGUGGUGUUCAUCCAGGUGGUAAUAUUAGAGAUGGUGCUUUUAAUUUUAAAAUUGUAAAUGGAGAUAUGGAAGUUAAAGAUGAAGAUGAAAAAAGAAAAUUUGAUGUUAUUGUUCAGAUUUCUAAUGAUGAUAUCAAAACAAGUGCAAGUGUCCGUGGUAGAAUUUUAACAUUACAAAAGAAAAUUCGUAAAUUAUCUAGAGGUAGUUCUGAAAAAGUUAAAAUUGGAGUAGAAAUUUAUGAAUAA